AUGUGGAUGGAUAUGUUCGCUGAUAAAGGUAGUGAAAUUGAACAUGAAGCAUUUCUUGCUACUUGGCUGUCAAUUUUUGUUUUCCCUCAUAAAUACUCUUCCGUGAAAAGUUGUUUGUUUCCGAUUGCUAUUCAUCUUGCUAGACGAAAUCCUAUUGCUUUGGCACCAGCUGUCUUGGCUAGCAUAUAUAAAGAUUUAAGUUUGUUUAAGAAAACAAUUGUUGAUUUGUCAAAAUAUCAUGUGGGUGGUGAUAGGUAUCCUUUAGAAGUUACACUUCAAUCACCCAUUUAUUUGGUUCAAAUUUGGGUGUGGGAGAGGUUCAAAAUUUUACAACCACAACCCAUGUUGAUCAAUCAUGAAGACCCUUUAUUGUUUAGGUGGCAUAAGGUUCAGGCUUUGAAAAUUGACAAUGUUAUGGUGGCAUUAGACUCAGCUAUUGAUGAUUUUCUUUGGCGUCCAUAUUUCAGAUAUGCUGAUAAGUGUGAUUUGUUUUAUCCAAAUGAUGCAUUUUUUGUACCAUUUAAGAAAGAUUUGGAUAAACAAAUGCUCUCAUUUGUUAUAUGCUUAAGAGUUUCCGAGCUUGUUGGAUUUGACUCUAUAGAGCAGUAUUUGCCACACAGAGUUGCUAUGCAAUUUGGAAUGGAUCAAGAUGUUCCAGGUGAUGUGCCUAGAUUCAAUGAGACUAAAAUCACUGCUUGGAAAUAUUAUUGUAGGCUUAUAUCUGAUAAAAACUUGUAUUUUCCACCAAGACUCUUUGAGGCAGAUGUAGCCACACGUUAUGCAAUGUGGUGGAAGCAAUCGGUAUUGGGUCACAGAGAUUUUGUUAAGAACAUUGUGAAGCGGAAGAGAAGUGAAAGUUCAAGGAAACAUAGACCUCAUCUAGGAAAAACUAACAGAAGCAGUAAUGAUGUUGGUGUUCCACCUGGAUUUUGUCCCAAUCUUGUUGACCUUCUUAAGUAUGGAAAAUUUUGCGAUGAUGCUCCUGCUGGAAGUUCUGCUCAUGUUUGUACGACAGCUGAUGAAAAUAUUGAUGCUCCUUCCAUGUCUGUUGAGGAUAGUAAGCCUGUGUUGAAAUCUAAGCAUUUAGUCAACCAUUGUUCUUCAUCCUCUUUAUCAGAUUUUGAACUUUCAACUGAGAGUUUGGAAGAACAUUUUGAAGAUGCAAAUGGGAGCAAGGAAGUAAGGAUGACUAGUGACAGAGUCUGUUUAUCUGAGACUCAAGCUGAAAGCAAACAGUUUUCUAUCAGAAAAAAAGUCUCUUUGUCCAACAAUGUGGCUGUUGCGCAGAAAAAUCUUCAGUUUCACUAUGGUAUUUCUACUCAAGCACAAUCUAAAGAAGAAGUUGAAGUAAAAAGAAGAAAAGAAAGUGAUCAUGAAGCUUUGGUUUUCUUAAAAGAGCAAUACUUGAAGAAUCAAGAGGAACUCAGGCUUCUGGCAAGACAACAAGAUGAGAUGUUACGGCUAAUGGAUUUGAAGAUGAAGAGGGAUGAAGAGUUGAGACAACUUCUCACUAGUUUUCUAAAGAAUCAACCACCACCAUCUUCUUCUUAA